GUCAGGCUCGCGGAGAGAGAGGAAGUGCUGGGUCCCCGAGGAGCGCGAGCCAAGCGGCCGGCGCAGCGUGAGACAGCACAUCCUGCGCGCGCCGGGCCCGCCGCCCUCGGGAGCGGCUCGAGCCUCGACCCCGCAGCACCCCCCGGGAGCAGCCGCCGAGCUCGCUCCAGGAGCCCAGUUCCGCCGCCGCCGAGCGCGUCCAGGAAGCCAACAUGUCUGACAAAAGUGACUUAAAAGCUGAGCUAGAGCGCAAAAAACAGCGCUUGGCACAGAUAAGAGAAGAGAAGAAACGGAAGGAAGAGGAGAGGAAGAAGAAAGAGGCUGAUAUGCAGCAAAAGAAAGAACCUGUUCAGGACGACUCUGACCUGGAUCGAAAGCGCAGAGAGACAGAGGCUCUUUUGCAAAGCAUUGGUAUAUCGCCAGAGCCCCCUCUAGUCCCAACCCCUAUGUCUCCCUCCUCGAAAUCAGUGAGCACUCCUAGUGAAGCCGGAAGCCAAGACUCAGGCGACCUGGGACCACUAACAAGGACCCUGCAGUGGGACACAGACCCCUCAGUGCUCCAGCUGCAGUCAGACUCAGAACUUGGGCGAAGACUGCACAGGCUGGGAGUGUCGAAGGUUACCCAGGUGGAUUUCCUGCCCAGGGAAGUCGUGUCCUACUCCAAGGAGACCCAGACUCCUCUAGCUACACAUCAGUCUGAAGAGGAUGAGGAAGAUGAGGAAAUGGUAGAACCAAAAGUUGGCCACGAUUCAGAACUGGAAAAUCAAGACCAAAAACAGGAGGUGAAGGAAGCCCCUCCGCGAGAGCUGACAGAGGAAGAAAAACAGCAGAUCCUUCAUUCAGAGGAAUUCCUCAUCUUUUUUGAUCGGACAAUCCGGGUAAUUGAAAGAGCGCUGGCAGAAGACUCCGACAUCUUCUUUGACUACAGCGGUCGAGAGUUAGAGGAAAAAGAUGGGGAUGUCCAGGCUGGAGCCAACCUUUCUUUCAACCGUCAGUUCUACGACGAGCAUUGGUCCAAGCAUCGAGUAGUCACUUGUAUGGACUGGUCUCUCCAGUACCCUGAGCUGAUGGUUGCUUCCUACAACAACAACGAGGACGCCCCCCACGACCCCGACGGCGUGGCCUUGGUCUGGAACAUGAAGUUCAAGAAAACCACACCAGAAUACGUCUUCCACUGUCAGUCCUCUGUGAUGUCCGUGUGCUUCGCUCGUUUCCAUCCCAACUUGGUGGUUGGUGGGACUUACUCGGGCCAGAUUGUCCUGUGGGAUAAUCGCAGUCACAGAAGGACGCCGGUGCAGAGGACACCCUUGUCAGCUGCUGCACACACCCAUCCCGUGUACUGUGUAAAUGUUGUGGGGACCCAGAACGCUCAUAACCUCAUCACCGUCUCUACUGAUGGUAAAAUGUGUUCCUGGAGCCUGGACAUGCUCUCAACUCCACAGGAGAGCAUGGAGCUGGUGUACAAUAAGUCCAAGCCUGUGGCUGUUACCGGAAUGGCUUUCCCGACGGGAGACGUCAAUAACUUCGUGGUUGGCAGUGAGGAAGGUACAGUCUACACGGCCUGUCGUCAUGGAAGCAAAGCAGGUAUCGGGGAGGUCUUCGAAGGUCACCAGGGGCCAGUGACUGGAAUUAACUGCCACAUGGCUGUGGGCCCAAUCGACUUUUCACACCUGUUUGUCACGUCAUCAUUUGACUGGACCGUCAAACUGUGGACCACAAAGCACAACAAGCCGCUCUACUCCUUUGAAGACAAUGCAGACUAUGUGUACGAUGUCAUGUGGUCCCCCGUGCAUCCCGCGCUCUUUGCCUGCGUGGACGGGAUGGGGCGCCUGGACCUCUGGAACCUCAACAAUGACACCGAGGUUCCAACAGCAAGUGUGGCCAUCGAGGGGGCUUCUGCCCUGAACCGUGUUCGCUGGGCUCAAGCCGGCAAAGAAGUUGCCGUUGGAGACUCAGAAGGCCGUAUCUGGAUCUACGACGUUGGAGAGCUUGCAGUUCCCCACAAUGACGAAUGGACCCGCUUUGCCAGGACCCUCGUGGAGAUCCGUGCUAACAGAGCUGAUAGCGAGGAGGAAGGCACCGUUGAGUUAUCUGCCUAGUGGAAACGAACCACCCCGACCCCAGCCCCGACCUUCACCUUCUAGAAUUCAGCUCUGCAGUCAUCGAUUCCACUCGUAUUUGGUGUCCAUUCAGUAUCAGUGUUGUGUGACAUUUUGGGUGUCCUAUGGUGCCAGCUUUGCUCCAAGUAUUCUGAAUGUAUCCCACCCCGCUUUCCACUGACCUGCCAUUCACCAGAGCAUUUCUAUCUUUAUAUUUCUGUCUCAAAAAUGGGGGGGGGUGGUUGUAGGCUUUACGGGUUUAGUUGUUGCCUUUUAACUACUUAGUAGCUGUAUUUAAUAGCUGGAAAGCUCUGGUUAAAUUUGUUCUUACAUGCACUUCUGGCACAGCCCUAUUAAAUCCAUAUGAAGCCAGAUAUGAUUAGGUGCAGAUGUGGUGUGCUUCACGAUACGGUACAGGGCCGAAGACUCGAGAUGUGGUGUUUUACAUGGUGACUCACAUUACGGACGGAUUUACUAGAAGAACAUUGCUGCUCCUUAUUUAGUGUGGUGUGCUGCAUGGAACAUAUUUAUUUGAAAGCAUUAAAAUAAACGAUCCUAGAGUAUGUGCAUAAUGA